AUGGGUUUCCGAGGCUUUGAAAUUGGCUCCCAUGUCUGCGAAGACCUCGGCCUAGUGCUGUUUGUCCAUCCAUGGGACAUGCACAGUUGGGAUGGUCGACUCAAUAAGUACUGGAUGCCGUGGCUCGUAGGCAUGCCCUCGGAGACUGCCCAAGCGAUAUGUAGUGUCCUUAUGGGCAACGUACUGCUCCAAUUUCCGCGUCUACGAUUCUGUUUCGCUCAUGGAGGCGGUUCAUAUCCCAUUAUUGCUGGACGAGUUGCACACGGCUACAAGGUUCGACCCGAUCUAUGUGCCACCGACUGCGCCACAAACCCACGUGAACUGCAACAUCUGAUCUGGACGGAUUCUCUUGUACAUAAUCCAAAUGCUCUGCAUCUCCUAGUCGAUACCAUAGGAAAGGAUAAAGUCGUUCUCGGGACUGAUUACCCAUUCCCUCUUGGAGAACUGGAAGUUGGAAAGGUAAUUGAAGAAUAUGAUGGUCUAUCCAAUGAUGAUAAAACUCGUAUGCUAUGGAACAAUGCCAUCGAGAUGCUUGGCUUGGAUGAGAAUUCACUUUGUAGCCGACCACUAUGA